CUUAUGUGCCAGUGGUGAAACUCCUCCGUAGGCAGCAACACGUCCUUACUGACUACCUGUCUGCACACCUGAGGCUCAAACUGCAGCAUGCAGCAACCGGUGAGGCUGAGGUUGAGGCCGUGGCUGGAGGAGCAGAUUCAGUCUGGGAGGUAUCCAGGGGUCAGCUGGCUGGACCAGUCAGCCCGCAUCUUCCAAAUCCCGUGGAAACAUGCUGCUCGCCAUGGUUGGAGUAUUGACAGGGAUGCUACACUCUUCAGGAGCUGGGCCAUGCACACAGGUCGCUACCAUCCAGGCAAAGACAAGCCAGACCCCAAGACGUGGAAGGCAAAUUUCCGCUGUGCCUUGAACUCUUUGCCUGAUGUCAGUGAGCUCCGGGAGCACAGCAGGAAGAGAGGCAGCAACGCCUACAGAGUCUACAGGAUGCUGCCCAGCUCUCAGACGCGCAGGAGCAGGAGAGGGCCGCGGUUGUUUAACAAAAGCAGAGAAAGACAGACGGCUGAAGGAGAACACAGACACGAGAACACGCACAGCGCACACGCCUGGGAACCUCCAACAGCAAGACCCAUUUCAGACCUGUCACAGAAGACAGAGAGCGGUGAACUAAACUCCUACGACAGUACUCCAGCACACGGGAUGUGGGAGGUCAAACCGGAGGACCAGGAACAGAGUGAGGCUGUCUUUAAGCUAGUGGAGCACAUAGGCAGCAUGGACCUCUGGAACCAGACGGGGGAGCAGAGAGGAUGGAGGACACACGCUCGGUGGGACCAGUGGCACUGUCCCGGCGACGAGAACCCACACCUUCUCCAAACUGACAGCUACAGUGACCUGUUUGGACCAAACUACAUCAGGGAACUCUCUGACUGGUCCACCCACCAUCAAGCCCUGAUGUUGUAGCUGCGCGCCAUCAACCGUCCUCCCUCCUUCUCAUUGGGUUUGGUUCCUCUUUGGUUGUAAAAAUGUGGGUUUUCCUUGAAGCUUUUCUUGCAAACAUGCUGAGUUGACCACUGGAAGGUGGAAACAAGAGAAGGCCAGAGCAGCGCGGGGAAUAUUGCUCCGUCAGUCAGCCGGCCAGCCUGCGUGCUGAGCAUGCAGGGAUGGAGAUCUUGUUGCAAGCCAAGCUUUACCUCGGUCAUCUCUGAGGUUCAGUGCCUCGGACUCAGUGAAAUUAUCCCAAGCUCAACUCACAGCUUUCAGAGCAAACAGAUCUCAUUUCACCUCAGCACAGGAGCAGUAAUUCAUCUCCUCCUUCUUUGAUUUUCUCUCUGAAUACAUACACAGUACUAUAUAGUAAGUUAAGUGGAGAACAAAGACGGCAGGAUGUGUAGCAGUUUGCAAGCGUGUAAAUGGAGUUUAAGAUUCUUAUGCUUUUCAUUCAGUCAGAGAAGCGACUAAUGAUUCACUGUAAACACUUGUGUGUGCUGAUAAGAUAAUGUGCAUUUUUAAAGUUUCUCCUGUGUGAUAUUGUACAACCUAUUCUUAAUCCACUGUGUUUGUGCUUUAACAUAUUCUUAGAUUUAUAAUAUACAAAAGUUAUACCUUGUCUGUAUUUUU